UCAGAAAAGUGAUCGCGCUGAUCGGUUGCGGUUUUAAUAUUCCAUAAAAAUGAUUAUUUUUUAUUUACUCUGUUUAUUAACCAUUUUAAAAAAUGGUAGCAUCGUUAGUGCUUAUCUUGAGAUGAAUUUACCGGAUUCUAAAUAUGUUUUUGAUAAAGAACUUUAUGAAUCUGUAUUGGACCAGGAAUUGUGUGAAGAGCAGAUACAGUUUAUUCAAGCAAAUCGUACUGAUGUUUUAAUUGAAUUUAUGGAUGCCGGCAUUCGAACACCAAGGGGUGUGCUCACGGGAAACCUUAUGGACCUUGGAAACUACUACCAAUGUUUGAAUAUUAAUGAAGAAAUACCAAACUCAGUCAUAGAGGGGAAAUAUUGUCUUAUUGACCUCCCGCUAAACCAAACAUGGCCAAGUCUCCCAUCGUUACCUGAACUACCCGAUGGCUGGCCUGAAGGUUGGCCUGAAAGUUGGCCUGAAGAUUGGCCUCAACUCCCAUGGCCUGACACAAACCCAAGAACGUUGAAGUUAAGAGCAAAGCUGGCGCAGAGUCUUAAACAGUACUAUCAUCAGACAUUCAUGAAUCGCAUGAUUGACGGAGCUUAUGAAAAUACUAGGUCUAGUGACGCUGUAUCUUCUCUAGGGUUUAAUUUCCAGUUAGCAGUGUGCAUACCAAAAGUAUGCACUACUCAUAGCGCUUUAAAUGCAUUAUUUAAUACUGGAGACAGUCUUAUAAACUUUGAAGAGAGAUUCUGCCGUCUUCCUGACGACAAGGCUUGGGUGGCUGGUGAUUAUGUUGCUAUUUCAAUAUUUUCGGUUAUCGGUCUCCUCGUUUUACUGAGUACGUCGUAUGAUGUCUAUCUCACUCGCUAUCAAGCAAAAGAAACCAAAACUUCAAGCCCAGCCAACAAGUUGUACCUUGCUUUCUCUAUCAUCACAAACACUCGUCGCCUCGUGACGUAUAAUCCAGUGCCCGGUGCCAUCGAAUGCUUGGAUGGCAUCAGAUCCUUUGCUAUGAUGUGGGUCAUCAUUGGCCACACGUUCUCAUCUCUUAACGCAAGUGGUCUUCUGGCAAAUCCUUUGGAUUCUUACGAGUGGAUGACAUCUUUAAAAUCCAUCUGGAUUAUGGCAGCUCCGAUCACAGUGGACACGUUCUUCAUGAUAAGCGGACUUUUACUUGUGUAUACCGCUGCAGGAAAAGUCUCAAGCAUGAAAUUAGUCAAAAAUCUUCAUCUGUUCUACCUAAACCGUCUACUUCGAAUGUUCCCCGUAUUGGCUACGACAAUACUUCUCCAAGUUUCGAUAUUCGGUCGAGUAGCUGAUGGACCGUUCAUGGAAACAGAAAUGGGUAACGUGCAUAGGUGUAGAGCCUUCUGGUGGUCUACUUUGCUGUAUAUCCAGAACUACUUGAACCCCGAACACAUGUGCAUACCCCACUCUUGGUACCUGGCUAUAGAUGUCCAACUCCACAUUCUCUCGCCAAUUGUAUUAGUAUUUGUGCUGUCGGGAAAACGAAAGCUUGCCUGGGGCGGGCUCGUGGUUGCCUUGCUGGCGAUAUUAACUGCUUCGACCACCUAUAACUUUAUCAACAACUUCCCAGCAUCGUCAUUUAUAUUUGAAACUUUUGAGGACAUGCAAAACUAUAUGUUCUACUACUACGUCAACACAUUGACUAGAGCAUCUCCUUUCUUCGUUGGAUUAAUUAUUGGAUACGUCAUGCAUCUGUACCGCGGAAAGACAGUGAAUUUAACCGUAAUCCCCUUAACCCUGUUAUGGUGUUGCGCAAUUGUGAUAACGGCCCUUGCUGUGUAUAGCCCAUACCCGCUCAUACAGCCCGAUUGGGACAACCAAGUAGCUGAUAACUUGAUUAAUUCCUUCCUGAGACCAGUAUGGGCUGCAGCUAUCGGAUGGAUGAUCUUUGCUUGUCAACAUGGGUUUGGUGGUCCCAUCAACUGGGUGCUGAAUCUAUCUCCAUGGAAAGUGCUAGGACGCCUUUCGUAUGCGAUGUACAUAGUGCACUAUCCCCUAAUGUUCGUAGUGAACUCUACAGCCAUCGCUCCUAUAUUUUUCACAUUGCAGUUUAGUUUAUUCCGGUUCCUUUCGGACUUCUUGCUGACUGUCAUAGUAGCGGUUAUAAUAACGAUUACGAUUGACGCACCAUUUACAAUCUUCAUCAAACACUUUAUGGGAGGUGGACCAAAGAAACCACGAACUCCGAAAGUUGAAGAAAACGCUGAAAUUGAGGAAAAGCAGUCAGAACCUUGAAGGCGAUUCAAAAUCCAUUUUCAAAAACGGAAUAUAAUUCACUUUUUGACAUCAAUGUUUAACUUUUUUAAACCAAACUGAUUUUGUUUUAGGCUUAUUAUUAGUUUUCGGUUUUUGUUAUAAGGACUUAUAAAAUAUUAAGAAUAAUGUACCUGCUUUAUAAUAAGGUGUAACACCGCAUAGUUUUAGGAAGGUAGUUGGUACCUAAUAUCUAGAGAUAAAUUAGGCAAGAAACAGGUGAACCCAAAUACUCGCUUAUUGUAAUAUAAUAAUUUACAUUAUGAAAUAUAUAAUAUUUAUUUUUGUA